AACUCUAUCAUGAGCUUAAUCCACUCCUUCAAAUUCAUAUAUUUAGUUUGAUUAAGUUCACUUGGUAGAAUACCCCCUUGUCGAUCAAGAUUAUAGUUUGGGAAACUAACUCAUCACUCUUCCUCGCUUCUCUAGAUAUCUCCUUGUACUAUUUAUUACUUUUGGCAAGUUUAGUAUAUCCAUUUAUAUCCAAGGCCAGGCCUACUACUUCUCAAUCACACUCCACACAUAACCUCAUGACCUGAAUCUCCCUCCUGUCCCCAAAGAAAGUUUCAACAAAAUCCCUCUUUUCGAUCCCUUUCUACCUGAGCUAAUCUAUAUCAUAGAGAGACUACGAACUUAAUUAUAUUACAUAUGGAAGACUUGAUGAUUUCUCCGUCUUCUCCAUCGUCUCUAGUCUCGUUAUCCCAUGAAGCUACAGUCCUUCAACAGAGGCUUCAACUCUUGCUCCAGAGCCUGACCGACUGGUGGGCCUAUGCUAUUUUCUGGCAGACCUCAAACGACGACGCCGGCCGACUCUUCUUAAAAUGGGGAGACGGCCACUUCCAUGGCCUCAAACACUCCACUUCCUCCCAAGCCCCCUUCUCUGGUGCCUUACACGUCGAGCGCCGGAGAAUACUCAAGGACAUCCAAUCCCUCGUCAGAAACGACAACGUCGAAAACCACAUCACCGAUGACGUCACCACCCCAAACAACGGUACGGACAUCACCGACGCCGAGUGGUUCUACGUUAUGUCGUUGAGUCGAUCUUUCUUUGCCGGAGAAGGUGUUCCAGGCAAGGCCUUAAGUUCUGGUUCUUUGGUUUGGUUGACAGGCGGCCAUGAGCUUCAGUUCUAUAACUGCGACCGCGCAAACGAUGCUCAUCUUCACGGGAUCGAGACUUUGGUCUGUAUUCCAACCUCUUGUGGGGUUCUAGAACUGGGCUCCUCCGAAAUCAUUGGGGAGAACUGGGGUUUAGUCCAACAAGCUAAGUCCUUGUUCGGGACGGAUCCAAACCCUAUACAGUUCCUACGCCGGAAUCUUUCUUUCGCUGACAUUGGGAUCACAGCCGGAGUAAGAGAAGAAGACGACACAAAUAACCACAGUACAAAAGAAACGACGACGUUAGCGUUGAUGAAGACGGCGAGAAAGGAAGUGCUGCACGGUCUGAAUAGCAUCUAUCCGGAGUCGGAUCACUCUGAUUCGAUUUCGGACUGUCCGUUAGUGGUGGCUGACGUCAACAAACGUCUACCAAAGAAGCGUGGACGGAAGCCGGGUCUGGGGCGGGAUACGCCGUUGAACCACGUGGAGGCGGAGAGGCAGCGGCGUGAGAAGCUGAACAACCGGUUCUACGCGCUCCGGGCGGUGGUCCCAAACGUUUCGAGGAUGGACAAGGCAUCGCUCUUAUCAGACGCCGUUUCGUACAUAGACGAGCUCAAAACAAAGAUCAACGACUUGGAGUCUCAACUGGUCCAAAGGGAUCAAACAAAUAAUAAUCAUAAUAAGAGAGUGAAGAUUGAAAUGGCCGAUAACAGCUUGGACAACCAGAGCACCACCACGUCCGUCGACCAAACACGGCCUAAUAAUUCCAACAACUCCUCCGGAUCCCCCUCGGCCGACGAAGACGGUGGCGCGGGAAUCGAGCUGGAUGUUAAGAUAGUUGGUACGGAUGCGAUGAUUAGGGUUCAGUCAGAGAAUGAGAAUUACCCGGCGGCGAGGCUAAUGGGUGCCUUACGUGAGCUUGAGUUUCAGAUCCACCACGCCAGUGUGUCAACCAUUAACGAUCUUAUGCUUCAGGACGUUGUGGUCAAGGUUGCCGAUCAAAGAAUGAGAAAUGACCACCAUGCUCUCAAAGCUGCCAUUCUCGCUAGAUUUUAAUUAAUAAGUAAGAAUUGUAUGGACAUGAAUUGGACGGCAAGCUAUUUUUGGACCAUUUUCUCCAUUUACUGGCCCGAAAUAAUACAUAUCCAAACUUGGUUUCUUCUUUUGUGGACGAAAUGAAGAUAGAAUAUUUCUACGGUACGGACAUUGGAAUGCUGCACCCCACCACUACCAACUAAUAAACAGUGAGAAAAUGUGCUCAAUUGAAUUUCUUUUUAAUAAAGUUAAGUUUAUGUAUGGGAUU